GGCCGUGACACUAAAACUGGUAUGACAUGUCUUGAUAGUCCAUGUAGCACGCACUAUAAGAAAGUGAAAGAUAACAAGUAAAACAAAUAUCAAAGUCGACAACAGAGGAAACAACUCCACCGACUGUGCAAACUGAAGCUAUGAAUUGGAUGUUCCAAAAACGUGAAGUGAAGCCCUCUUCUUCACCGUUGCUUGAUAAAGAAUGGCGACCUGUACCAUGGAAUGCCAAAGCUGAAUAUCUACAGUUUGUGAGGGGUUUUGAGCCUUUUCAGCCUCAUAAUGAUGAGAAGAAUGAAGAGCAGUGCAUUAGAAUUCUGCUUCAUGGACCAACUGGUCACGGCAAGUCCAGUUUUAUCAACUCUGUGGACACCAUCUUACAAGGCAGAAUGACUGGACGAGCUUUGGCGGAUACAAUUGUAGGAAAUUCCUUCACCAAAAAGUACACAACAUACAAAAUUACAAAAGGAGCACAUGGGACCUUUUACCCAUUUGUCUUCAAUGACACUAUGGGCCUGGAGAAGGACAAAGGAGUUCUUGAGGAGGACAUCAAACUAGCCAUGAUGGGACAUGUCAAAGAUGGUUACACGUUUAAUCCACACUCCACAUUAUCCACAGAUGAUCUAUACUACAACAGAAACCCCAGUCUGAAUGACAAAGCACAUGUUCUGGUUUGUGUCGUCUCUGCCGCUAGAGUACAUUUACUGUCUCAGGAAUUAAUGACGAACAUGAGGAAUGUGAGGCGAGAAGCUAGUGAUUUGGGGAUUCCUCAAAUGGCUAUUCUCACCAACAUUGAUGUAGCCUGUCCUGAGGUCGAUGCAAACUUAAGAAACGUCUACAAAAGCAAGUUUGUGAAGAGACAGAUGGAGGUUCUGAGUGCAUCACUGGGUAUUCCACUGAACUGCAUCUUUCCUGUGAAGAACUACCACUCAGAAAUUGCUCCAAAUGAUGACCUUGAAAUGUUGAUACUGAUGGCACUGAAACAGAUGAUCCACUUUGGAGAAGAUUUUGUGAACGACUGUAAAUGCACAUGAGACAAACACUGCUUCAGCUCAUCAUGAAAAAGAAUCAUUUCAAAAGUUGAUUUUGUAGUCACAUGCUGUGGGAAACAGAUUUAUGGCUUCAUUUGCAGUUAUGUCUUAUAUCUGAUAAAGCAAGCAGAAGUGCACUAGUUUUGCGCAGAUCUUUUACUAAACUUGUAAAUGUAAAUACUAAGACAAACUUUGCUUCAGCUCAACAUAAAAAAGAAUUGUGAAAACUUCAUAAUGUAGUCAUAUGCUAUGGGAAACACAUGUAGGGCUUAGUUUACAGUUACAGUAUUAUACCUGAUAAAGCAAGUAGAAGUGCACUGGUUUAGUGGAGAUAAUUCAUUUAGUUAAAAAACAUUUAAAAAGAUUCAUCAUGUAAUUCAUAAUAUCACAUAUUGCUUUCCAAACUUUUUCUUUUCAACAUUACUUUAAUAUACUUUAGAUCUCCUCUUCUAAUACAUGUUUAUGUCAGCUGAAAUGAUAACCUGCUAUGAACUUGUGCAAAUGAAAUAAAAAUACAUUGUG